ACGGCCGCUUUUUUGACGUAGCAGGGGCCCAGGCGAAAAGAAGUGGUCCCACCGUGGACGAGUAGCCACCGAAUCGGAAAAGAGAGGGUGAACGGCAGCGAGGAUAUCCAACGGAUGAUUUCAAGCCAUUUUUUUUUUUACCGAAGACGACCGACCGACAAACGAACACUGAUCUAUUUCAAUUCAAAUGUGGGAGAGCAUCAGAAGUUAAAUCAAGAUAUUUUAUCAUGAAGCCCAGAUUGUCUGUUUAUCUUGAAAGUCACAAUUACUAUCUUGAACUUGAAGAAUGAGGAUAACGAAAUGAGAUAAAGUGGACGAUUGGAGGAGCCCAACCCCCUUUACCUCCACCUCCUGGAAGCAUGGCUGGCUUACAACUUGUCACCCCUGCUACUUCACCCAUGGGGCCUUUCUUUGGUCUGCCAUGGCAGCAGGAGGCUAUCCAUGAUAACAUCUACACACCUAGGAAAUAUCAGGUAGAACUUCUCGAAGCAGCUCUUGAACAUAAUACUAUUGUCUGCUUGAAUACUGGCUCAGGGAAGACCUUUAUUGCAGUACUUCUAACAAAAGAGCUCUCCCACCAAAUCCGUGGACAUUAUCAUGGAAACGCGAAGAGGACAGUUUUCCUGGUGAACACUGUUUCAUCUGUAGUUCAGCAAGCAGCCGCAGUCAGGACCCACUCUGACCUCCAGGUGGGAGAGUACACAGAUAUGGAGAAAAUUUCAGCAUGGACGGACCAACAGUGGAGUCAAGAGAUAAUCAAGAAUCAGGUGCUGGUCAUGACUUGCCACGUAUUCCUACAUGUUCUGAGGCACAAGAUUUUACUGUUGUCGAAAAUCAACCUGGUGGUUUUUGAUGAUUGUCACCUGGCCAUCACAGACCACCCGUACUGUGAGAUAAUGAAGCUGUUUGAAGGCAGUUCGUGCAGUCCUCGCAUUCUGGGUCUCACAGCUUCUAUUCUGAAUGGAAAAUGUGACCCGUCAGAGCUGGAGCAGAAGAUCCAGAAUCUAGAGAACAUCCUGAAGAGCAAUGCUGAAACCGCUACUGACCUGGUGGUCCUGGACAGAUAUGCCUCUCAGCCAAGAGAAGUGGUGCUGGACUGCGGCCCGUACGUGGAUAAGAGUGGUCUUUCCUCACAUCUGCUGGAGGAGCUGGACGAUGCUCUCCACUUCCUGAAUGACUGUAACAUAUCUGCUGCCAGAGAGGACCGAGAUCCUACAUUCAUCUCCAAACAGGUCCUGGGUGACUGUCGGGCUGUGCUGCAGGUGCUGGGGCCCUGGUGUGCAGAUAAGGCAGCGGGUAUCAUGGUUCGGGAGCUCCAGAAGUAUAUCAAACACGAGCAGGAAGAGCUCAGCCGUAAGUUCCUGCUCUUCACUGACACCAUCCUGCGCAAAGUGCAUGCCCUCUGCGAGGAGCACUUCUCCCCUGCCUCACUGGACCUCAAGUUUGUCACCCCUAAGGUCCUCCGGCUGCUUGAGAUCCUGCACGAGUACAAGCCCUUUGAGCGGCAGCAGUUUGAGAGUGUUGAGUGGUACAACAACCGCAACCAGGACAACUAUGUGUCCUGGAGUGAUUCGGAGGAUGAAGAUGAGGACGAGGAGGUGGAGGCCAAAGAGAGGCCUGAAGCCAACUUUCCCUCACCUUUCACAAACAUCCUGUGCGGGAUCAUCUUUGUGGAGAGACGUUACACAGCUGUUGUCCUCAAUCGUCUUAUCAAAGAGGCGGGAAAGCAGGACCCAGACCUGGCUUACAUCAGCAGCAACUUCAUCACCGGCCACAGCAUCGGCAAAAACCAGCCACGGAACAAACAAAUGGAGGUGGAGUUCAGGAAACAAGAGGAGGUUCUCCGCAAGUUCCGGGCCCAUGAAACCAACCUCCUUAUUGCCACCAGCAUCGUGGAGGAAGGCGUGGAUAUUCCAAAGUGUAACCUGGUGGUGCGAUUUGACCUGCCCACAGAGUACAGGUCCUAUGUCCAGUCAAAAGGCAGAGCUCGAGCUCCCGUCUCCAACUACGUCAUGCUGGCCAACAGUGACAGGACCAAAACCUUCGAGGAAGAUCUCACUACGUACAAGGCCAUAGAGAAGAUCCUGAGGAACAAGUGUUCCAAGUCAGUGGAGAUGAGUGAGUUAGAAGUGGAGCAGGUUCUAGAUGAUGACAACAUCCUUCCACCCUACGUGCUCCGAUCUGAGGAUGGAGGUCCCCGGGUCACCAUCAACACAGCUAUUGGACACAUUAACAGGUAUUGUGCUCGGCUUCCCAGCGACCCAUUCACCCACUUGGCACCCAAAUGUAAAACUUUGGAGGUGCAGGAUGGACGCUUACAGUCCACACUCUACUUACCCAUCAACUCCCCUCUGCGAGUCCCUGUUAAGGGUCCGAUAAUGACUUGUGCCCGACUGGCAGAGAAAGCUGUUGCACUAGAAUGCUGUGAGAAACUCCACAAAAUAGGUGAGCUGGACGAUCACCUGAUGCCAGUGGGGAAGGAGACGGUCAAAUACGAGGAGGAGCUUGAUCUCCAUGAUGAGGAGGAGACAAGUGUCCCAGGCCGGCCUGGUUCCACCAAGAGGAGGCAGUGCUACCCUAAAGCCAUACCAGAGUGUCUGAGGGACAGUUACGCCGUACCAGAGCAGACCUACUAUCUGUAUGUGAUUGGGAUGGUCCUCACCACCCCUCUCCCGGAUGAACUCAACUUCCGCAGAAGGAAGCUAUACCCACCGGAGGACACCACCAGGUCCUUUGGCAUUCUCACUGCCAAACCCAUACCCAGAAUCCCCUACUUCCCGGUAUACACUCGCUCGGGUGAGGUGACGAUCUCCAUCGAGCUGCAGAAGUCUGGUUUCACACUCACUGCCACCCAGCUCGACCUCAUCACCCGCCUUCACCAGUACAUCUUUUCCCACAUCCUCCGCCUGGAGAAACCUGCACUGGAGUUCAAACCCACACAGGCUGACUCGGCAUACUGCGUUCUACCUCUGAAUGUCGUCGGGGACUCCAACACACUCGAUAUGGACUUUAAGUUCAUGGAGGACAUUGAGAAGUCUGAGGCCCGCACUGGCAUUCCUACCACUCAGUACACCAAGCAGAACCCCUUCACUUUCAAGUUGGAGGACUACCAGGAUGCCGUGAUCAUUCCAAGGUAUCGUAACUUUGACCAGCCUCAUCGCUUCUAUGUCGCUGAUGUGUAUACAGACCUGACGCCGCUCAGCAAGUUUCCGUCACCAGAGUAUGAGACUUUUGCUGAGUACUACAAGACCAAGUACAACCUGGACCUGUCCAACCUAAACCAGCCGCUCCUGGACGUAGACCAUACUUCCUCCAGACUGAACCUGUUGACCCCUCGGCACCUGAACCAGAAGGGGAAAGCCCUGCCGCUCAGCAGUGCAGAGAAGAGGAAGGCCAAGUGGGAAAGUCUUCAGAAUAAACAGAUCCUGGUUCCAGAACUGUGUGCAAUCCACCCCAUCCCUGCUUCCCUGUGGAGGAAAGCAGUGUGUCUGCCCAGCAUCCUCUACCGCCUCCACUGCCUCCUGACCGCUGAGGAGCUCAGAGCCCAGACUGCCAGUGAAGCUGGAGUGGGAGCCCAGACCCUCCCCCCUGACUUCAGGUAUUCAAACCUGGACUUUGGCUGGAAGAGAUCCAUUGACAGCAAAACAUUCAUUUCCUGUCCCGAGUCCUGCAGUGACGAUGACGAUGAUCACUGUGAGCACCAACAGACUUUAGCCCCCGACCCCAGUUGCCCAACACCACCCAGCAUUCCCCACUCUUCUCUGCCUGAGCAGCGGCCCCCUGCAGCCCCCGAGUCUGGAAACACCACCUGCACUAGGAACCUAACAAAUGGGACUGCCCUUGUCACAGACUGCAAUGACAGCUGCCACCAAGACAAUUGCCAAUGCUCCCAGCCCAGCUCGCCUGGGCAGCAGAGCCCUGAAUCAAUAAAAACCUCUACCUCAGUCCCAGUGCAGCCCUCACACAGCUUGAAGAAGUCCAGCUCCUGUCCUCCACAGCCCAGUGGAGGAUGUACACCUGGGAGGACUUCGGACCACACAAAUAAAGCUACCUCAGUCUGCAGCCAGGUAACCACGGGACCCAACGUUGCCACAGCACCUUCUCCUGACCUUGGCGCUUCCCCCCAGCACAGAGACCAGACAGGGAACUCCUCCAAAUGUCUGGGGCCCAACCCGGGCCUUAUCCUGCAGGCCUUGACCCUAUCCAACGCAAGUGACGGCUUCAACCUGGAGCGGCUGGAGAUGCUGGGCGACUCUUUCCUUAAGCAUGCCAUCACCACAUACCUGUUCUGUACUUAUCCUGACGCUCACGAAGGAAGACUCAGUUAUAUGCGCAGCAAGAAGGUGAGCAACUGUAACCUCUAUCGUCUUGGGAAGAAGAAGGGCCUCCCCAGCAGGAUGGUGGUGUCCAUCUUUGACCCCCCUGUUAAUUGGCUGCCUCCCGGCUACGUGGUCAACCAGGACAAAAACUGCACUGACAAACAGGAUUUCGAGGAAAAAGAAGAUCUCCUGGCCAAUGGGGAACCUGGGAAUGACUAUGAUGAAGAAGAAGAUGAUGAGGAAGAGGGUGAGGAGGUGGAGGAGGACGGUGAGGUGAUGCUGAAGGUGGAGCCAAAGGAUGAGGUCAACAUGGAGGACGAUUUGGAAUACUACAAGGAGCACAUUAAGUUUAUUGACAACAUGUUGUUGGGGUCUGGUGCAUUCGCAAAGAAGAUCUCUCUGAGUGUUUUCCCUCCCUCUCCCGCCCCGGCCUCUGCUUCCACACCUGCCAUGGAGUCACCUAAUCAAUGGAAGGCCCCCAAGAAGCCCCUCCAACCCACCGCGACCCACUAUCCCCCAGAGCCGGCAUCCAGUGGACCCUCAGCCGAAGAGUUUGACUACAGCUCGUGGGAUGCCAUGUGCUACCUGGACCCCAGCAAGGCCGGGGAGGAGGACGACUUUGUUGUCGGUUUUUGGAAUCCGUCGGAGGAGAGCUGCGGAGUUGAGCUCGGCAAGCAGUCAAUCUCCUACGACCUGCACACUGAGCAGUGCAUCGCAGACAAGAGCAUCGCCGACUGUGUGGAGGCCCUGCUCGGCUGCUACCUCACCAGCUGUGGAGAGAGAGCCGCCCAGAUGUUCCUCUGCUCCUUGGGCCUCAAGGUGUUGCCGUUGGAGAGAGGGAGCCUAACAGGAGCUCUGGUGCAGAGCUUCCAGUCGUCAGCAAUUGACCUGUGCUAUGGCUGGUUAAAGAUCCCACCUCGCUGCAUGCUGAGCCAUCCAGACGCGGAGCGAACUCUCAACCACCUCAUUUCCGGCUUCGAGAACUUUGAAAGGAAGAUCCACUACACCUUUCAGAACAAGGCAUACCUCUUGCAAGCCUUCACCCACGCUUCUUACCAUUACAACACCAUUACAGAUUGUUACCAGCGGCUAGAGUUCCUUGGUGAUGCAAUUCUAGACUACCUCAUAACAAAGCACCUUUACGAAGACCCGCGGCAGCACUCCCCCGGUGUGCUGACCGACCUGCGCUCUGCACUUGUCAACAAUACCAUCUUUGCCUCGCUUGCUGUCAAGUACGACUACCACAAGUACUUCAAGGCCAUCUCACCCGAGCUUUUCCAUGUCAUCGAUGACUUUGUGCAGUUUCAACUGGAGAAGAAUGAGAUGCAAGGCAUGGACUCUGAGCUGCGACGCUCUGAGGAGGACGAGGAGAAGGAGGAGGAUAUCGAGGUCCCUAAGGCCAUGGGGGAUAUCUUUGAGUCGCUAGCAGGGGCAAUUUACAUGGACAGCAGGAUGUCAUUGGAGACGGUGUGGCAAGUGUAUUAUCCAAUGAUGAGGCCACUUAUAGAGAAAUUCUCUGCCAAUGUUCCACGUUCUCCUGUGAGGGAGCUGCUGGAGAUGGAACCAGAAACUGCCAAGUUCAGUCCUGCAGAGAGAACGUACGACGGAAAGGUGCGGGUAACGGUGGAGGUCGUUGGUAAGGGCAAGUUUAAAGGAGUUGGCCGCAGCUACCGGAUCGCCAAGUCGGCGGCGGCACGACGAGCUCUGCGCAGCCUCAAAGCCAAUCAACCUCAGGUCCCGAACAACUGAGCUCCUCCUCCCAGAGCUCAGCGUGAACGUCCAAGCUAUUGACGUUAAAGAUGGAAAAAGCAGCUUGCCAACACAGAUCGAUGCUGUUCCUGUACGUUCAGCCGGUGGUGGCACAACCAGGGCAGCCGGGGACACUGUGGAGAUGCAACAAAAGAAACGGACUGAUCUCACAAACGGAUUUCACAUUGGAUCUGUACCUUUUUGUCUUUUUCUUUUUUUGCGCAAACACAAUCUUUAUUUUCCCCUCUGUUUUGUGUAAUCACAUGAGUGCUUUAUUAACAUUUAGCUAUGUGUUUAAAAAAGUUAUAAAAAAAAAAAGUCAGGUAGCACUAUCCUAUUCUUUAGCUUUUUUUGUUCACCUUUGUCACUGAGAUGAGGCUAAUGCUUAAUGUGUAGUGUUAGAUUGUACAUAUUUCAAUCAAAUGUGUAAAUCAAAGAUGUAGGAAGAGAAAAAUAAAAACAAAACGCUAAACUCCUCAGCCUGUGGACGAGUGCCAGUCAGUUUAAGUGUUUUUUUAAACACUUAACGGCAGACAUGGCUCACAGAGACCACUGAAACAAAACCGUGUGGUACAUCUGAAAUCUGUCUUGAGAUGAUAUCCUAAAUAAUAUUUGCACUUAUUCCAAUAGUAUGGUCUGUUUUUUUGACAACUAUGUGGUCACACUGACACCAAAUUCAUGUUUGUUGCAGAGUAAAUAAAAUUAUAUAGAAAUAUAAAUCACAUAAAUGAUAUUCUUGGCACUUGAUGCCCAGGCUCACCCUCAUAUCCUUGCGAGAUGGAUAGGAAUUUCAACAUUCCCAGUUACUGUAAUUUAAUUGGUUUGAACCGCACUUGCAUGUUCUUGUAGCUUAUGUAUAAACCAUGAAAAACUGGAUGGCUUAUGUAAAUGUUUUGAAUCUAUGGAUAAAUCUAAAGAGUGUGAAAGCAACAUUAGAUGUUUAUGGCAUUAUCUUGGGGAUUUAAUGAAACCUGUUUUUGAUAUCAAGAAUCGAUGAUAUUUAAUUAGUAAUCCUCGCGCACAAAAUAUCUUUCCACGGAGCGCAUUAAUUCAGUUUUGAUAUAAAAAAUUAAAAAAGAACACCGUAUCAAACAUACAAUAUGCUGCAGAAUUUUCUACAAAUUGGUAAGACGCAUAGAAUCUUUACAAAUCUAGUCUUUGUAGAAAAAGGCCAAUUCGUUUCGACACAAGCGUUCUUCGCACGCCGAACCUACCAAAGCUGUAGCAGAUGUGAGACGGCGGUUGAAGUCAGUUCCUAGCGAUAAGGAAACCAGACGUUUUUUGUUUUUGGUGUUUGUUUUGUUUCUUUUCCAACAAAUUUUGCCUCUCGCUAAAUGUCUUUGUUUCUCAUCAUCAAUAAGCCCCUUUUUCACUUGAUUACCUCAGUUAAUUGCAUGCAUUUUUUUCUUGUCUUUAUAAUUAUUAUUCUUUUGUUUGGUGCUAUAUUUUUGUAUUAAGCUUGAAUUUCUCAUCUUUUUUUUUUGCACUGUAACUAUAAUACCUCUUUGUUUGACCUUUUUUAUGUUUGAUUUGGUUGUCCUGUUUAUCCGCUGUCAAGCUGUACAGGAGAAUUGCAUUGUCAUCCCUUCCCAUACUUGAAGUUAAAUUUUUUUUUGGGGGGUGGGGUGGGCGGAGCCAUCGGCUGUUAGUGUCAUCAGUUGAAAAUCUGUAUUUGUAUUCUGGGUUAAAACAGGAUUAAUAGAUGAGGUGAGAGAGUCAGUGCUCGUAGAGGUAAUCAGAUUGCAACUCUAAAAACUUUAAAAAUAUAUUCCAAAAAAAUAUGCAAAGGGGAAAAAAUAACUUGUUAUUUCUUCCAGGCAAUCUUUAUGAGUAAGGGUUGGAAGACACUUGUAGCGUGUGUUUGUACAGCGAGCUGAAAUCGACCAGUCUCACAGUCGCGUAGUCCCACUGUAAUAGAGUACUUCUACCUCAAGGGCAAUGCAAGACUGCAGUUCAAUUCAGUGACUGACGGGGACACGGACUCUUCUUUUGACUAUAACUGUACAGUCACGUAUACAGUACACAACCAAGACUGAUCAGUUCGACCGAUUCAACGUUCACAUCUGUUUGUCACGCCAUGCGCUCAAACACGAGUCAGUGCCUUCUCUGUGGGAGAUUGGUGUCACAGACUGAGCAUGAAAUAAUUUAAUUUAAAGUUAUAUAUACAGUUUGAAAUGAACAUGACUGUACAUUUAAAAGUUCAAACUAAACAUACGUAAGAGUUCAACCAGGGGCUGAAGGAGAAACGUAUCCCGAGUCCAAAUAAUCGGUUCACACUGAAUGUUUUUGAACAAACUGCCCCACGGGUUGCCAGUCAACUGGGCAGACGAGCAAAAGUCUCCGGGUUUUUUCCCAUUUGGUCAUUGUUUGUGGUUAAUUUGAUUAAUUACAAUUUUUCUUUUUUUGGUAUAUAUAUUUUUUAUGUAUCGGUAAAACAUAAUAUUAAACUGAAGUGAUAGGGAACCUUGAA